AUGCCCACGUUAUCUUUGAUCAACUUUAACAUCGUCUGUGCGACAUUGGGAGGCUUCAUCUCCAUCUUCGGUCUGGUCUCGUACCUGUUCAAAGAGAGAUUUUAUCUCUCCGAGGCUUUGAUCUCACUGCUGGCCGGAGUAGCAUUCUCCCCGCAUGCGGCCAAUUUCAUCCGACCGCUCGACUACGCGCUUGGCACGGACCAAAAUCUAGACCAGAUCACGCUGUGUUUCACAAGGCUGGUUCUCGGCGUCCAGCUCGUCCUAGCCGGCGUGCAGCUUCCGAAGCGGUACCUGCAGCUCGAAUGGAAGAGCCUCUCGCUGCUGCUGGGGCCUGGAAUGGCCGCCAUGUGGAUGUGCAGCGCUCUAGUGAUCUGGGCCCUGGUUCCGAAUUUUUCGUUUCUGCACGCGCUUGCUGUUGGGGCCUGUGUUACACCGACUGAUCCUGUGCUUUCGAACUCGAUUGUCAAGGGCAAGUUUGCAGAUAAGAAUGUUCCUCAGCCGCUGCAGCGGAUUAUCAUUGCCGAGUCGGGGGCGAAUGAUGGGCUGGGGUAUCCCUUUCUUUUCUUCGCUCUUUACCUCAUCCAGUACACUGGUAUGGGUGGUGAGGGAUUUAGCGGGGGUGCAGGGAAAGCUAUGGGCUUGUGGUUCUACGAGACCUGGGCUUACACCAUUCUGUUAAGCGUUGGUUACGGAGUCACUGUUGGUUGGAUAUCUAGGGAACUGCUACAUUGGGCGGAGGAGAAGCACUACGUGGACCGGGAGAGCUUCCUUGUGUUUGCUAUUGCUCUUGCGCUUUUCAUCGUUGGAACCUGCGGAUUGAUCGGAACAGAUGACCUCCUGGCUUGCUUCGUUGCAGGGAAUGUCUUUACGCAAGAUGACUGGUUCCGCCUCGAGACAAUGGACGACUCGCUUCAGCCCACUAUUGAUAUGCUCCUCAACUUGGCAGUCUUCAUGUGGUUCGGAGCCGUCUGUCCAUGGCACCUCUUUCUGGAAAAUAACGUCAUCCCCAUUUACCGCCUCAUCCCCCUCGGAAUACUCAUCCUGCUUGUCCGCCGCAUGCCCAUUAUUUUCGCCAUGCACAAGUACAUCGACCAGAUCGAAAGUCUGUUCCAGACGACAUUCGUCGGCUUUUUCGGUCCCAUCGGAGUCGGCGCAAUCUUCUACCUCUCCGUGAGCAGGGAGUACCUGGCCAACAUUACGGUCAACGAGGAAGUCCGCGCCGACGCGCAGCAAGUCUCCGACACCAUCGAAGUUGUCGUCUGGUUCCUCGUCAUCUGCAGCAUAGUCGUGCACGGCCUUUCCAUUCCCUUCGCCAAAGCUGGCUACCACCUGCCGCGCACGAUCUCGCAGGCAAUCAGCACCAGCACCAACGACGAACCAAUCCCGCUCACCAGCAAUCAGCACACACACAGCACGGCGACGCAUGACCACGUUGAGACUACGAGCCGUCGCACGAGGAGACACGAUACCUCCCUUCCUACCACUGCGAGCCGCUCGCAUACGCCGCAGCCUUUGGCGUUCCAGAUUGGACGGAGCGUUAUUCGUUCCGCGUCGCCCUCUUCUGACGCAAGGAUUGGAUCGGGUGCUGGGGAGGAGCCGGCAAGGCCCGUGAAUCUGGUGUUAAAGACGGAGACGAAAGCGGAUUCGGCGAGGAGCGAGUAG